AUGCUACGUAUUGCAACUCGCCUACCGAGUAGGCUUACCACUCAAUGUCGCCCUACAUCCAGGGUUUGGCAACCAGCUCUUCUAUCGACUCCGGUCUCGCCGCUGUCGCAUCAACGUACCUUCGCCAAUUCGCCCACCCUAUACAAAAAGAAAGACAAGGGCAGCAAGAAAGCAUCAGGCUCCGACUCCUCCCCCCAAGCAAGCCCCGCGACGGGUUCCUCCGAAGGCCCAGACCCCUUCGAUCUCUCCCACCUCGAAACCGGCAUAUCGACCGCCGUUUCGCGAUUGAAGGAUGACCUCUCCAAGCUUCGCGCCGGAGGCCGAUUCAACACCGCCACCCUGGAAGGACUAAAGGUCCAGCUGAGCAAGGAUAUUGCCGACUCGUUCAAGCUGGGCGAUUUGGCACAGGUUGUGCCCAAGGGUGGGCGGAUGGUUACCAUCUUGGCCGCUGAGGAGGAGCACAUUAAACCCAUAACUUCAUCAAUCGUCUCCUCAAAUCUAUCUCUGACCCCGCAGCCAGACCCCCACAAUCCCCUCCAACUCAACAUCCCCAUUCCACCCCCGACCAAAGAGUCCCGAGACCAAAGCGUGACGGUCGCCAAAGCGGCUUUUGAAAAGGCGGCUACUAGCGUCCGUGAGGCGCGAGGCUCUAUGCACAAACGACUGCAGGAUAUGCAGAAGAAGAAGACGGCGAGACCGGAUGAUGUACGCAAUGCCCAGGUCCAGAUGGAGAAGGUUACGGAGAAGGGUCAUAAGGAGGUUAAAGAUUUGUUUGAUGGGGCUCGGAAGAUGCUGGAGACAGCAUAA